AUGCAAGCAUUUCAUUAUGCUGCUAAUACUAUACCAGGAGGGUUUAGCGUAGAACACCUUGUUCGAGAGGUGCAGCAGAAGACAGCAGCAAACCAGCUGCUGCAGCAGCAGCGCGGGAGAGAGAGAGUGCAGCAGCAGCUGCAGUUUAUAAAGCUGCGGCAGCAGCAGCAGCAGCAGCAACUUAAAUAUAAACAGCUGCUGCAGCAGCUCACCGAGAAAGAACAAACCAUCAUACGUCUACAGGCCCAGCUGCGUGCAGCUCAGCAGCGAGCAACGGAGGCAUCAGCAGCAGCAGCAGCAAGCCAUGAGCAGCAGCAGCAACAGCAGCAGCUGCUGCAGCAGCUGCAUCUGCAGCAGCAGCAGCAGCAGCAGCUGCUGCUGAGCUGCUGCACCCCUCUCGAUACCCCCCGCAACAAAACCCUAAACCCUCGUUCUUCUCUUUUAUCGGGGCUAGCAGCAGAAUGUGAAUCGCUAGCAGCAGCAGCAGCAGCAGGAGCAGCAGGAGGCAGCAGCAGCACACCCACAUCAUCCUCAGCAGCAGCAGCAGCAGCAGCAGCAGCAGGAGAUGCUGCUGCUGCUGCUGAUGCUGCUGUCGUGCUGCAGCUAGAACUAAAAAAAAAAAUAAACUCGCUUCGUUCUAUUUCUUCUUUUUCUAUCCCCGCAACAAAAGAAUGGUUAAAGCUAAACCUCAGUGCGUGGAAGGCUCUGCAGGCCCCUUUGCGAGGGUUUGUGUUGCCGGAGCGGCCGACAGAGAAGGCAGUGCAGCAGCUAAAAGAAAAAAUAGAAAGAGACAAAUCGCUGCUUGCUGCUGCUCUUAGGCUGCUGCAGCACGAAACCCUCAAGUUUGUUAAGCAGAUUUGUGAAACACCCUGGAAAUUUGAGGAGCAGCAGAAAGCGAGGGAAGCAGCAGAAGCAGCAGCAGCAGCAGCAGAAGCAGCAGCAGCAGCAGCAAACAAAGCAGCAGCAGAAGCAGCAGCAAGACAAGCAGCAGCAGAAGCAGAAGCAAAAACAUUUGCUGCUGAGGUCAGGCGGCUGCAGCAGCAACUCGAAAUAGCCCAAGCAGAACUAAAAAAAGAAAAGGGGGAGAGAGAAGAGGAAGCAGCAGCAGCAGCAGCAGCAGCAGCAACAGCAGCAGCAACAGCAGCAGCACAGCUGCAGCAGCAGCAAGAUGAAAUCGAUAGACUUGCUGCAUACGCAGAAGACAAACAGCAGCAGACGCAGCAGCUAAGAGAAGAUAACAAAGCACUAGCGGAGGCACUGAAGGCGGCCCAGGAGCACGUUGCUGCAGCUCGGAGCAGCAGCAGCAGCAGCAGCAGCAACACAGGGGAGCUGCUGCAGCUGCUGCAGCAGCAAGAAGCAACAAUACAGAGAGCGUUGCUGUCUAGGGCCCCCUCUCGGUUUGUGGUUAGGAGGAAGGGGAGGGGGUGGGGUUGCUGCAGCAGCAGCAGCAAGCUGACGAUGCGGCUGCGCAGCAGAAAGACAGCAGCAAUAAGCAAACAAAGCAGCAGCAGCAGCAACAGCAGCAGCAGCAACAGCAGCAGCAGCAGCAGCAGCAGCAGUAGUAGAAGCAGUAGAGAUAGAGGAUUCAAACGAGGAAAGAAAAAACAGCAGCAGCAGCAGCAGCUGCUGCAGCAGCAGCAGCAGCACCGCAGAAAGCAGCAGCUGCAGCAGGACGUGCAGCAACUGAAGCUCCAAGAGCAACAGCAGCAACAGCAGCAGCAGCAGCAGCAGCAGCAGCAGCUGACGGAGCGAAGCUUGUCUGUAGGUACAGAGUUUAUAUCUGGGUUAGAGAGUGUUUUGUCUUCUGCUGCUGCUGGCCUGCAGCGGAUAGGUUUGCUGCAGCAGCAAGCAGCAGCAGCAGCAGCAGCAGCAGCAGCAGCAGCAGCAGAAGAAGAAGCAGCAGCAGCAGCAGCAACUGAAAACAAAGAUGAAGAAACACUGCAGCAGCUGCACUCAGCAGCAGCAGCAGCAACUGAAAACAAAGAUGAAGAAACACUGCAGCAGCUGCACUGUCUUGAGGAGACGCUACGCAGCAUAGCAGCAACAGCAGAAAGCCUCACUAACUUUAUUCCUUCUCCGUUGCUGCUGCUGCAGCAGCAGCAGCAGCAGCAGCAGCAGCAGCAGCAGCAGCAGCAGCAAGAGCAGCAGCUGCAACAGCAGCAGCAACACAAGCAGCAGCAGGUAUCCGAACGCUCGCUCUCUACGGGGGAACUCUCAGAGGUUGGAAGAGUAGAGGCACGUCUCCAUGAGGCUUCUUCUUUGUUGUUAGCUGUUGAAGCCGCGCUGCUGCCUAGCAGCAGCAAUCUGCUGCAGCAGCAGCAGCAGCAGCAGCAGCAGCAGGAGCCGCAGCAGCAGCUGCUGCAGCUGCAGCAGCUGCAGGGCAUAAGGUAUAGUGCGCGUCUCCAUGAGGCUUCUUCUUUGUUGUUAGCUGUUGAAGCUGCGCUGCUGCCUAGCAGCAGCAAUCUGCUGCUGCAGCAGCAGCAGCAGCAGCAGCAGGAGCCGCAGCAGCAGCUGCUGCAGCUGCAGCAGCUGCAAACGCACUUGCAGCAGCAGCAGCAGCAGCAGCAGCAGCAGCAGCAGCAGCAAAGUGAUAUGAAGGAAAUCACCGACGCACAAACGGCAGCGAUUUAUCAGCAGAAUCAGGCUUUAGUGUGUGCUGUUGAGGAGCUGCAGCAGCAGCUGCAGCAGCUGCAGCAGCAGCAGCAGGAGACAGAGCAGCAGGAAGAUACAUUGAUGCCAUCAGCAGCAGCAGCAGCAGCAGCAGCAGCAGCAGCAGCAGGAGACAAAGCACUGCUGCAAGCAAAAGAAACAGAAAUAGAGAUACAAAAAAUAAAAUAUAAAAACGAAAUAAAUAAAAUACAAACAAAACACCAGCAGCAAAUCAUACAGCUGGAGAUGGCUCACGAACAACAAAUCAAUGUAAGCAGCAGCAGCAGCAGCAGCAGCAGCAGCAGCAGCAGCAGCAAGAGCGGCAGCAGCAGCAGCAGCAGCAGUAGCAGCAGCAGCAGCAAUAGCUUGUCUCACGAGAAGGCUCUUGCUGCUCUGCGGGCGGAUUUCGUGCUGCAGCUGCAGCAGCAAAAAGACAAAGAGAUGAUAGAAAAAAGAAAAAGAGAAGAAACACAAAAAAAUAAAAUAAAUAAACAACAGAUAGAGAUAGAGAAAGCAGUGCAGGACGCUAUCAAUAAAAAACAAAAGGAGAUUCAGCUGCUGCUGCUGCAGCACAGCAACGAGCUGCAGCAGCAGCAAGCAGAACACGAGGCAGCCGUUUGCUGCUUGCGUGGGGAACACAAGGAGCGUAUGGGUCGGUUGCUGGAGCGUGUAGCUGAAGGUGAGAAGCAGCAGCAGCAGCAGCAGCAGCAGCAGCAGCAGCAGAUAUAUGCACUGCAGCGGGAGAUAGAGGAGCUGCAGCGGCAGCAGCAGCAGCAGCAGCAAGAAGCAGCAGAGAUAAAACAACAAAGAGACAACGAAAUAAAACUAAGAGACAGCAUCGCGCAGCAGCUGUUCCUGCUGCAGCAAGCAGCAGCACGAAACACAACAGACAAAGGAUGCCAAGCAGCAGCAGCAGCAGAAGCUGCUGCUGCUCAGGUAGACCCCCUCGUGCUGCAGUAUAUACAAGACUGUGACGCACACAUGCAGCAGCAGCAGCAGCAGCAGCAGCAGCAGCAGCUGUUGGUGCAGCAGCAGCAGCAGCAGCAGCAGUUGUCUUUGGAUUCACCUACUGCAGCAGAAGAAACAGCAGCAGCAACUGCAGCAGCAGCAGCAGCAACUGCAGCAGCAGCAGCAGCAGCAAGACUCAGUACUGUCUCCGUUGCUGUCUCCCCUUCAAGCCGAAGCAGCAGCAGCGCAGCAGCAACACUGCAGCAGCUGCAGCAGCAGCAGCAACAGCAGCAGCAGCAGCAGCAGCAAGAACUCUCCGCGAGAAUACAACAAAUAGCAGAAAGAGCAAAGGCGAGGCCCUUCAUUGCUUCGGCCCCCGCAAGCAGCAGCAGCAGCAGCAGCAGCAGCAGCAGCAGCAGCAGCAGCAGCAGCAGAACGCUGCAGCAGGCAGCAGCUGCGUUGCCUUUGUUUCGCUUUGAAGAGACUCAGCAGCAGCAGCAGCAGCAGCAGCAGCAGCAACUGCAGCAGCAGCAGCAGUUCAUCCGCCCUUCUUUAUCUCCUUCUCUAACAAGCCCAACUGCAGCAGCAACAGCAGCAGCAGCAGCAGCAACAGCAGCAGCAGCAGCAGCAGCAGCAGCAGAAUGUCUAGCAACUCCUUUUUCGUCGCGCAGCGAAAACUCAACAUCUAAUAGAACCAAUGAAGUAAAUUAA